AUAUUCGAGAUUUUUGUGAUCAGUAUAAAUCUCAAAUUGCUGUCUUGCACCGCGAAGGAAAUUGUCCCAUUCGUCGAGUGCUGUCAUGAUUGCCAGCAUUUCUCUGUCGUAGAUCUCAUAAUUAUGUUCCGCCGGAUUGAGGCUUUUAGAUAG